GGUUUCCUAAAAGUAACAAAAACAGGAACAACUACGUGCAUAUAUCUUCGAUUCGGAUAGUUUCUAGAUGCCGAAGCGCUCUUUUUACCAACGUCCUUCAUUCGUCCACCGUAUUCUGUUAAAAGAUGGAUCUGUUUGAGCCGUUGACCGUUCACCGGAAGACGCCGAAUAAGCAGAGUGCAUAAAUUAGUCCCGAACACCACGAAACCUGGACUUUGUGCUGCGAGACUUCGACAUAGUUACCCGGUAAUGCUGCCAAUUCUACAAAAUGGCGUAUCGGAUUUCUGAAAUGGAACAGCUUCGCGAGGCGCGAAUAAAGGACGACAAUUGGACUGGCCUGUCCGAUGCAGCCGAGAGAAGGAAACGACAAAACCGCCUACAUCAGAGAACUUGGCGUCGUAAAAAGACAGCGCAACGAAUGCCUAAAAACCAGCACCAGCUCCAUCCCAAAGAAACUAGAGGAAAUGAAUCUUAUAGCCCAACAAACUCGUCUUCGCAGGAUGGAGAUAGCUCGCUAACAGAAGUCAUACAUCUUCUCAGAGCUCAUUCCUGCCGACCACUCCACCUUUACAAUCAACUCAAGCCUUUUACUUAUUGGGAGAGGCUUGAUGCACAAUUGAAGCAUCCGAACGUGGCUAAUGACCUAUACUCACGCCUCGCGUAUAGCUCAGCAAGUGCUUCACGAGAUCAAGAACCAGCCAUCCCUCCCAUGAUUUCAUAUCUUGAUAGCCACCAUCAGCUUAGUGCAACUAUUCCAGACUUUGCCUUUCCCAUAUCCGCAGAUCACCGUCUCAUUGUGUUAAUUCAAUACAACGUACUUCGAGCACUCAUAACUAAUAUGACCAUCUUGUCAAUUCUCCACCGGAUACCACUGGAGUGCGGUGGCGCCCUAAAUAUUGGAAAUUUACCGUCUGCCCCUGAUAGCAUCCCCCCUUCUUUUGAAUCAACACCACUCCAGAAACAGAUUGCACACGAUGUAUGGAUAGAUACCUUCCCUUGGCCAAAUAUGCGGGACAAUUUGCUCCUGAAUCGUGGGAAGUACGAUGAAGAUGAUCUGUGUAUGGACAUCGUGGGUGGCCUCUACGAAGGGUUUGACGAAGUGGCCACGAGGGGCAUAAUAGUCUGGGGCGAACCCUGGUCUGAGACUGGCUGGGAAGUCAGCGAAGGCUUCGCAACAAAGUGGUCAUUUUUACUGAAAGGAUGUCACACUCUAGUUGAAUCAACUAACAGAUGGAGAGAGGCUAGGGGAGAAGAGCGGUUAGUGGUAGAUGUAUGAAAACUUUGACCUUUUUUCGUAUAUUUACAACACACUCUGCCUAUUAUUACAACUCUUCUCCCCAAGGACCAACUCCAGGCCCCUUCAAAAUCUUCCCUCCUUUCCAUACCCAACCAAUAUUCGCUUUUUCUUGCAGUAUUUUCACGUCCUCUACCGGAUU